AUGGUUGAAUGCCUGCUCCGCACCCCUGUUCGGGGAACGGCCUGCCGACGGGCGCCGUAUUUGGGGAGGUGUGCGCUGUUCAAGCAUCCGCGGUGGAGGUCGGUUCGCCGCUCCUCGGCCCAACGGCAGGAAAGCGUGCGGCAGCCUCCCGUUUCGUCGAGCUGCGUGGACGUAUCGCAUUCCCCGCUUCCACAGCCGGAAUUCCAGCACGAAGAAACACACUACAUAGGUCCCGAUGACUUCUAUCCGUCGGUCGACGACGACUCCUGGUGGGGCGACACCGAGGAAGGCGUCGAGUCGUUCACUCAACCCGCAGUCUUCGGCAACAUGGCCGAGCGCCUCGCCAACGCCAAGCCGCCCGUCCCAGUCUACCUCAUGAACCCCCUCUCGGGCGUCUGGAUCAAGCGCAACCGCGACACGGGCCGCCUGGAGUCGGGAAUCCCCAACCCGAGGCAACUCGAGGCGGGCUUCACUUCGCUCCGCAGUGCUGGCAUCCACGGGGUCAUGGUGGACGUGUGGUGGGGCAUCGUGGAGCGGGAGGAGGGCGUGUAUGACUUCGGCGCGUACCGGCAGCUGUUCGAGAUGCUCGACCGGUGCGGGCUCAAGGUGCAGGCCGUCAUGGCGUUCCACGCCGUCGGCGGGAACGUCGGGGACGGCGACCUCCGCCUCCCGCUGCCGCGCUGGGUCCUCGACAUUGGCGACAGGAAUCCCGACAUCUUCUACAGAGACAAGCAAGGGACGUCGAACCGGGAGUACGUGUCCCUGGCGAUCGACAACUGGUACGAGGACUCGCAGGGCCACCGCGUGUGCAAGGGCCACCCCGAGGCGCGCGGGCUGCUCAACGGCCGCACGGCGCGCGAGUGCUACCGCGACUUUUGCGCAGCCUUCCUGCACGAGUUCCGCCCGGACCUGGGCCGCAUGGUCACCGAGGUCACCGUCGGCCUCGGCCCCGCGGGCGAGAUGCGCUACGGCGCCUACCCGGGCGCGCGCUGGACCUUCCCCGGCAUCGGCCAGUUCCAGUGCCACGACAAGUACAUGCGCACGCUCCUGCGCGAGCACGCCGAGGCCGCGGGGCACGCGGACUGGGGCCUCAUGGAGCCGCACGACUCGGGCUACUACAACUCGCACCCGGCCUUCGAGGGCUUCUGGAACUCGUCGUGGGGCCGCUUCGACUCGGAGUACGGGGUGUUUUUCCUGCGGUGGUACAGCGACAUGCUAAUCCGGCACGCGGACGGCGUGCUCUCGGACGCGCACCGCCUGCUGCAGGCCGAGCACGACGGCGCGAUGGAGUACCACCACCACGAGCACCGGCACGACGGCGCGACGGUGUACCGCUUCAAGCCGACGUGCCGGCUCGGGAUCAAGCUCGCGGGCAUCCACUGGUGGUACAACUCGUGCGCGCACCCGGCGGAGUGCACGGCCGGGUACUACAACACGCGGGAGCACGACGGCUACCGCAGCAUCCUGCAGAUGGCGCGCAAGCACGACGCGCGCGUGAGCCUGACGUGCGUGGAGAUGAAGGACUGGGAGCACCCGUCGGAGUUCCGGUGCUCGCCCGAGGGCCUGUUCAAGCAGCUCCUGGGCAUCGCGCAGGACCUCGGCGUGGACCUGUGCGGCGAGAACGCGCUCCAGCGGUACGACUCGGGCGGGCUGGUGAACAUCGUGCACUCGGCGUUCGGGCAGUCGGCGUCGGAGCACAAGCUCGCGGGGCUCACGUUCCUGCGCAUGUCGCCGCACCUCUUCGAGUCCCCCCACAACUGGAGGGAGUUUUGCAAGUUCCUGUCGGGGAUGUGCUGCCCGCCGGACGACUACGUGCGCAACUUCUACAUGGAACUCCUGCUCGCGUCGUACCCCUCGGGCACCCAGGCGCGCGCCGAGUUCUUCGAGAUGCGGUUUCGCCGCCUCGAGGCGCUCCCCGGCGGCGCGGGCGGCGGGCGCGGGCGCGGGCGCGGGCGCGGGCGCGCCAGGCUGAGCGGGGCCUGCGACGACGCGAGCGGGGCCGCCGCCGGCGACGGCGCGUCGGAGAGCGUCGACGGCGACGGCGACGGAGACGGGGAGGGCGUCAUCGGGUCGGAGGUGGAGCUGCUGGCGUUCGGCGCGGGGGACGAGGCCAUGAGCGAAGGCAGCUCGUCCGCGGGCAUCCCGAUCCACCACCGCUGCUGA